GGGGAGGCCAGCAGAACCGCGCGGCCCGGCCGGCCCCAGCGCGCGGCAUUUUGGGAGUUGCCGGCACGGGAAGCUUUGGAACAGCCCGGACGUGGGAGCAGGUCCUGCUGGUGCGAUGCACAAGACGCUCCCGUCUGCUCUGGCUCUGCAGGUGGGGAACACCACGCUUGGCCAACAGGAGCUGCCGUCGCGGCACGGGGGUGGCUGUUCUUGGGUGACGUUACUGCGGGCGCAAGAACCGCGCAGCACGGGUGUUUGUGUUGCGGUGAGCCUCAUGUGUUAAGUUAGUUACUAUAAAUCAUUAACUGCUGGUUUUUAAGUAGCUACAAGACCAUUUAGCCCAUAGUGUUACAGUGGUUGCAGGUGGGGUGGCACAGCCCCAGCCAUGCUGCCAGGAGGGAUUGUGUCACUUGUGAGUGGGGACACAGCUCCAUCCUCGCCGCACAUCGGGGCUGCGGGCAGCCCGGUUUGAUGCUGGCGCUAAACCCAGGUUCUUGUCCCCGGCAGCUCCUCGCUGCCUUAGGGGCCAGGCAGUAAUGCUGCUCAUCGCUCCCUCGACGAGGAGGAGGAUCGCUCCUCGCUGUGUGGCAGCCAUGGGCUGUGCGGCCUUUGCGGUGACGUUGGGCAUCUGCCGGUGCUGCAGAGCGGUGUUCCUGGCCGCUGGUUGUCCCUGGUGUUGGCCAACAGCCGUUGAGACAGCGAUGUGGGUUAACGGUUCGUGUUUCCCUUCGUGCUUGGCUUUGAGCCCUUGAGCCAGGUUGAAAUAAAGGGCGCCCAGUGUUCCCAGCUCAGCCUGACCAGCCAAACCCUGGGGAGAGCGGAGAGUGGAGAGCACCCUCCCUAGCGGAACCUUUGCCCGGUGCUGUGGGUCAGUGUUGCAGAGUCAAAAGCGUUUGGUCUAAAGGAAUAUUCAUGCUGUUGGCCUGGCGCAGGUGCUGGCCAGGGCCACCCCGGCAGCCCUCGGCCACACUGGCCCCUCUGGCUGCUGCGCUCAGCGGGGCGCUUCAGCGACACGGUCACACCGGCCCCUUGCGCUCGCGGUUUGUGGCUUUCGGUCCCGCUGUGGUUUGGGUUUCACUUCCCGCUUGCACUGAAGGUGACGGGCACAGUGAGACCCAGUGGCUUCGAGCUGCCUCCCAGGGCUGGCUGCGAGUCCGGCCUCGGUGCUUCACUCCCCAGAUCCGCACCUGUCCCCAACAACCUCGCGGAGCUCCUGCUGGCAUCGGUGCCAAUGCUGAAGCCGGUGAUGCCAUCCUGGGAUGCAGAAUCCAGUGAGUCCAGCCACAGUGACUGUCCUGCCCCGGUGUCCCGCCAGGAUGGCCGGGCAGCCCCACGGCCAUGUGCGAGGUGGGUUGGGGCAGCCGGGGAACCACCGGUGCUGGGGGGCAGGAGGAGCCCCGUGGGUCGCGAGGAUGCGGCGUGGACCAGCACCGAGGUGCUCGCUGCUUCGACUUCCUUCCCAGCACGGAGCCCAUUUCCUCUGGUAUCACGUGUGCAGUGUGGGGCUGUGGCGGCCGGGGGCGCCUGGCACAGCACCGCUCCGCACGGCCUCGUGGGCAGCCCUGUGCCGGCAGAGCUCCUGGCACCGGUGAGGAUGGAGCCGACCAGGCUGCCCCCCAGCAAGAGGAUGGCGCCUGCUCCCCCCGUCCCUGCUAAGGCCAAACCGGCCCCUGUGCUGGCGAGCAAGCCCAGCGACCCCCAGCCCUGUGCCCUGGCCGACAUGGAGCGGGGCAGAUCCGGCGACCCAGAUGCCGAUGGCUUCAAUGUGGCACCAGUCACCACGGCCAAGCUGAGCCACCCCACGGCUGCGCGCCCACGGGUGCCGGGCCAGCGGCCACCCAGCCUGGCCCUGGGGAGCACGGGGCGUCCCUGUUGGGGGGACGAGCCCCACGCUGGGCUCGGUGUCCCCCUCCCCAGCGCAGCGCCUGGGCCACCAUGGGGAGCAGAGGUGCCGGUGGCGCCGCGGCCAGAGGAGAAGCUGGCGCUGGAGGACCUGAAGGCUGAGGUGCGGACCCUGCACAUCCUUGUGGACCUGAUGCGAGUCCAGCACCUGCGAGACCUGGAGGACAUGAGGCUGGAGCUGGGCCAGGAGCGAGCCAAGCGCCAGGCGCUGCAGGUGAGUCCCGGGCACGGGGCUGCCCCCGUGUCCCCGCUGCCCCCACCCCUCACAGCCUCUCCCCGCAGGCAGAGAUCGAGCAGGUGAGGAAGGUGCUGCCCUGGUAGUGCGGCUGGGGGCCGUGCCCACCCCUCCGCCACCGCGGGGCACACGCAGCUGCGAUGGGGCCGUGUCCCCCAGCUCCGCUCUGCACCAGUUGCGCACAAACGCUGCCCCGGCCCCUGCGCGGCUCCCUGCCCUGUGCUGUGACCCUGUGGCCACACAGCAGUCCUGGGGGACAGAUACUGUUUAAAAUAAACUAUUUUGGGUAUGGA